GGACCCACAUAUCCUAAAGGACGUAGUUAAGAAGGGCAGAACGUUUGUAUACAUUCUGACCUGCUGCAGGAACUGCGGUUCUUUAGGUUCCGGACUGGAGGAACGAUUGAUUAAAGCUUGGCUGUUUUUCAAUCAGAAUCAAGGUAACAAACCAAAUUCAUGAUCAAGAAACUGAGACGAGGAUUGAGAAAAACAUUGAAGGUCUAGAAGAUAACAGAACUGGGACAAAACUCCAGAAAAAUCAUCAAAUAACCAGGAGAAAGAAAAAAGUAAUACGAGGAUCGAUAAGAGCAACACUUCAGGGACGGACGAACCACAAAUCCUGGGAACCAGUCACGAAAAAGCACUGGAGAUCCAGUAGAACCAGGAAACCAAGUCUUGGCCCAAGAAGAGCAUUGAACAACCUUAAAUUCAAUACCUGAAGCAACACCAACAUUGCUGAAUCAGAAGAACCAAACAAGGACAGCGAACGAGAAGAACACAAACUGGACUGGGAAGAGCAGUAGUGAAUAAAAGGACCUGGAAUCAAACAUCUGGACCAAGGAGAGCACUGGAGCACCAGGGGAAGACGGUGGUCAAGAACGGAAUCCCACUUGCCAUGAGAGAAGAGGACACCUGCGGCGACUUCCCUGAAGGUGGGGUUCUUCCCAGCGAAGACGAAGCAGGACGUCGCCCCAAUAAAUGCCCGGUCGUUGUCGCUCCUCAUGGUUCAGGAGGUCGAAAGCGAUUGACCAGCCCCAAGAAGGAGCCCAGCGCUCACCUGACGCCUGACGACAAAACAGGAACUGAAGGAACGUCUACGCUUACCCACUCCGGCCCAAAGCGACCCAAAAAAGGCUCUCCUUCAUCUUCAUCUUCCUCCUCGUCGUUGUCCUCGUCCUCCUCGCUGGUGCCGGUUAUCAGCGCAGGGUCGCCGCUUCCUGGCCAGGCUUUCGAAGACGUCCACUCUCAGAGAGUCAUCGCCAACGUCCGUGAGCGGCAGCGCACCCAGUCCCUGAACGACGCCUUCGCCUCGCUGAGGAAGAUCAUCCCCACCCUGCCCUCCGACAAGCUCAGCAAGAUCCAGAUCCUCAAGCUAGCGUCGCGCUACAUCGACUUCCUGUACCAGGUGCUGCAGAGCGACGAGAUGGACGCCAAACUGGCCAGCUGUAACUACCUGGCCCACGAGCGACUGAGCUACGCCUUCUCUGUGUGGAGGAUGGAGGGAGCGUGGUCCAUGUCGGCCAGUCACUAACUUAAGUCCUAACUUCAGCUUUCAGCUCGGCACCGGACGAUUCUGCCGCCCGACCUGCUGGUUCUCCUCUGUUUUCUCUCAGACCAACAUUAGAUUAGUCCGAUUACCCACCUGACCGGCACCCGGCCGACCCGACGACUCCACCCAGCCGCCCACUGCCCCGACCUCACACUGCCCCAUCCUCAUACUGCCCCACCCUCACCUCCACCCAAACUCCCACCCCCAGCCUCAGUUACCUCAACCCCAUCAGACCCUCGGCUCCGACCCCUGCUGGCCCCGCCCCCAACAUCCUCCCUGCCACUCCCACCUCCAAACCCAGACCCAAACAACCACGCCCAAACACAUUUAGCCACGCCCACUUCUGGCAGAGGGACAGGUUCUCCACAAUGGGGGAGAACAUCAGCUGAUCUGCAACCUGGUACUGACCCUCCAAAGACCCAACACCGACCUAACACCAACCCAACACCAACUCUACAUCAAGCCAAUGUUGACCCAACACCUACCCGACUUCAACCCAACACCAACAGAACACCGACCCAAUGGUAACCCAACACUGCCCCAACACCUACCCGAUGCUGACCCAAUGUUGACCCAACACCAACCCAACACUGAUUCAACACCAACCCAGGUCAGUCACCUAAUCAGACAGACUGAUCCUCAAAGAAGAACCCGAACCAGAUCUGAGUUAAUUCAUACCGGACUGCAAUCGCUUCACAAUUAAAUUCACGAAACACCCAGCGGAUUCAUACCGGACUAAAACCACUCAUCAUUUCACUGUUACUACCACUGGACACAAUGAAGAUUCAUACUGGAUUCAACUUGCUUUACAGUUAAUACUUUCAAACACAUUUUAGAUUCAUACUGGACUGAACCCACUCUAGAGUUAAUACCAUUAAACACACUUCAGAUUCAUACCGGAUUUAAAUAGCUGAUUACUAAAAUCACUUUUAGUUAAUACAGUCAGACAUGUUGAGGAACAUUAAUUACGAUCAGUCAGAUUCAUACUGGAUGAAAUUCUGCUCUGUAAACAGAAACACGGCGAAUAAAGCGAGCGCAGAUCCAGCAUGAAUUCUUCCCGUCAGCACCUCGUCCAUCUGGACACGGACUUUAGAGAAACGGGUUUUUUGGACGUUCCUCAAA